AUGAAGGGCCGAAGGCAUGGGGGCCGCGGAGAGGCCAUGACGGAGGACGGGCUGGAGGACAUUGCCGACGGACCCAAAAAUGCAAAAAUCACUUUAAGCUUCCCACUUAGUGCCGCCCCACUCCCGGCCUUCCCUGACGUCUCCAAACCACUGUCGCGGCUCGUCGUCGUCCUCACCCUUCCCCGCACCGACGGCGGCCAUCCUCCAAGAGCUCAGACGAGGGUCGCUGUGGAAGCUGGACGCUACUAUGGACGGUCUCACCGCGCCCCCCGCCACUCGUCCUCCUACCCGCCCACCGACAGCCUGAAGCCCGAGCUGAUAUGCGGCGUGUGCCAUCGGCUCUUCAGCUCGGCCUCCUCCCUGACGGUCCACAUGCGGCUGCACCGCGGCAGCCGCGCCCUCAGCUGCUGCUAUUGUGGCAAAGUCUUUAUCCACAGCAAGAGACUGCAGUCCCACGAGGCCCUCCUGCAGUGCCGGGCCUCCCCUCCAACAGCCUGGGGCCUCCCCCCGCUCACCGUGCAGCCGAAAGAGGAGCCGCUGGAGAGAGGGCGAGUGUGAGAGUGGAGGGGGGGGUGAUCGUCGGACCAGUCGGACAUGAGUAAGGUGCGGCCGGGGAAGAAAGCGCGGAGCCUCCUGGCGCGCAUCCAAGGUGAUGACGCAGCAGCCGCAGAGUUGCUGGCGGGCGACGAGCACCAUUUUGUGAAGGUGGUAGAUGGGAACAUCAUUUACUACAUCAUUUACUUUUGCUCUGUGUGUGAACGUUCCUACAUGACCCUGUCCAGCCUGAAGCGUCACUCCAACGUGCACUCGUGGCGCCGCAAAUAUCCAUGCCACUUCUGCGACAAGGUCUUCGCCCUGGCCGAGUACCGCACAAAGCACGAGGUGUGGCACACGGGAGAGCGACUCCAGUGCAUCUUCUGCUGGGACGCCUUCGCCACCUACUACAAUCUCAAAACGCACCAGAAGACCAUUCACGGGAUUAAUCCCAGCCUCAUCUCCAGCGAAAAGACAGCUAACGGGGGCUAUAAGCAGAAAGCCAGCCUGAAACUAUACCGCCUCCUCCCCAUGCGCUCCCAGAAGAGACCCUACAAGACUUACAGUGACAGUCUGCAUAAUGGCCUGCUGCUCCCGCCAACUGAGACACCUUCCCUCUCCCUGCCUGGCCUGGGCUGUCCCCUGGGCCCUGGGGACCUACAAAGCCUCAUCAGUGGGGCCCACCCUCAGAGCGUUAAGCCCGACCCAGAUGACUUCCCCGAUGGCUUCCCCGUUUCUGCCGAGCAAGGGGACCUCUCCACACUGAUGCCCUUCCCCCGAGCAGACGCGCCCCAAGUUAGAAAGCACGAGAGUGAGGCCCCAGAGUCAGAGCAGGGUAAAGGCUGUGGCAGCUUCAAAAUGUCAAGUAGCAGCAAAACCAAAACUCCCAAGAGCGGCGCAGACCCAAGCAUGCCUUCCGUAAUAACUUAUGGCCAUACGAAACCCUCCGUCAUAGUUCACGGUACGGCAGUGUCGUCGUCCGUCAUUGUGCAUUGCAGCCAGGUCACCUCUGGAAGCGAAAAAAGCCCAAUGAGCAGUCCAUCCCCCGACAACUGUCAGACUUUACACAAGGGCAUUCCCAAGCCAAUCAAAAAGCAAAGGGAUAGUGCAGAUAACCAUAGAAAGAGGUCAAGGGACAGUUCAGAUACCGCAGUGGGGAGCUCGGGAGGUAGACCGAGUGAAGAGACGGGCAGAUUAUUCCACAAAUCACGUAAAUCCCACAGCAAGAGUGACAUCUCAAACCCAAAGCAGCUGUCGGCGUCUGUAGGACCACAGGUCAAAGAGGCAGGGCCACUGUGCCAGAUCACUGUACGCAUUGGUGAGGAGGCCAUAGUGAAGCGCAGUAUCUCUGAGACCGAUCUCAGGAGAGACAAGAGCCUAUCUCCACCCAAAACCAAACGAAGUGAAGCGUCGUCCAUGCGCGAAGGAAAGGAAACGCGCCACUCCCAUCACCACAAACACCGCCUCCACCGCAGAGUCAGCCUUGAAGAAGACGAAAAGGAAGGAGGAGAUUGUGAGGAGGAGGAGGAGGAAGAGGUGGUGGUUAGGAAAAAGACCUCCAAGUCCCCUGAUGAAGUAAGAGGGUACUAUUUCCGUCGGGAGGUGCGUGAUCAGGACAGUGAUCAUGAAACGGAAGAUAAUUUAUGGCGGCCUUACUACUCCUACAAGCCUAAGAGAAAGGCCCAAGCACAUCUGCAGAGGGUCAAGAGCUGGCAGAGGAAACUGAAAUUCAAGCGCUCCAUCCGGUUGAAGAGGACACAGAGGCUCAGGAACUAUGUGAGUAAAGACACGGACAAAUCACAAGAUGAAGAAGAGGACGAAAAGAUGGGGGAGGCCGAAAAACUGUCAAUUGCUAACACGGACGAGGGAGAGGAGAUAACGAAAGAUUAUCUCUCUGACUCUUGGAAGGAAGAAAAACCAGACCCAAAAGAACAAGUUAAGGAGAUCUGUCACGAGGUUCCCACUCCUCCUCCUCCUCCUCCUCUGCACUCUCCAAAGCCUCCUCUGUCUACCUCAGUGGCCCCUACGGGAAUAAAGAGGCGCCCUUGGACUAACGGGAAUGCGGCAGAGUGCGGUACAUGUGGCUGCUGGUUCUCAAGCCCCAGGAAGCGAGACAAGCACGAGCUGAGCCAUCUGCUGGAGUUUGUGUGUCUGUUUUGCCGAGCCACUUUCCCCUCAAGGGAUAAAUUGGAAGACCACCAGAGAACCCAUCACCCCAAGCCCACUGAAGCACCUUCCGCCCCCCAAAAAGCGGCCCUUAAUGAUCCAGCUGAAGGGAUUGUCAAUACAUCUGUGCCAGAUAUCGUAAAGUUUAAUGAAGAAAAAGGGGGGCAAGUAGCCUCAGUGGGGUGCAGUUCUAGUCCAAGUCGCCUGAGCAGAAGAGCAUUAUCCCGACACACCUGCCCGCAGUGUCACAAGGUGUGCAAGACCUCUUCGGCGCUAACUCGCCACGUCCGACGCCACGAGCUGAGCAGUUCCCAGAGAGAGAAAGAGAAGAAAAAGACUCUGAGCCAAAAACAGCACAGAUUUGUUAACACUGUCGGCAGAGACCUAGAGACUGAAAAGGGCCCGAUUCCCUGCGCGGUUUCGGUUAUCAGCUACUCGACACCGGACCCCCCCGGCAGCAGCGACUGUUUGGCGUCGCAGCGGCGUGACGACCGUCUCGGCGAACUCGCGGACGCGGAGCGUCAAGGGCCGCGGCCCGGUGGCGGCCCCGAACCGACCGAGCUCUCGCCCCCGGCCGCGGAGAGGGAGCCCAGCCCGCGGAUCACACGCCUCCCGUCGGAAAGUCCGGCUAGCCUGCUGCCGGCCAGACACAAACCCCCGCCCGCCGCACCCUCUGUCCUCCAGAGUGUGCUCGUCAUGAACGGGCCCGAGUGCCUGGACUACCGCACCCCGGGCAAAAAGAACCUCGACGGCCAGGUGCACAGAAUACCCAGCCCCGUGCACACCGUGGCGUCCGCCGACACCUCUCCGGGUGGGCCCGCGGCGCCACAGACCCGGAUAACCACUGCUGCUCCCCCUGUUUCCAUGACAACGGCUCUCGGCUCCGAGGGGGGGUUGGUGAAACGGGACGGGGUCAUUAUGGACAGGGAGAGGCUGAGUGGGAGCGGUGUGUUCGCGCACGCGGGCUACGAGGAGCCCUCCCGAAUACAGGAUCUCCGAGUUCAGUCCAGAAGCCCCUCCCCCAACGAAGCACAAGACCUGACCAUGUCCUCUAUGCUCGCCCGGGAGAGAGAGAGGGAGAGGGAGAGGCACAGAGAGAGAGAGCGGGGAAGACAGAGAGAAAGGGAGAGGGACAAAGACGUGGCCAAAGAGAGAGAGAAAGAGAUGGAGAGGGCCCAUCAAAUGAGUCGCAUGGCGCACACCCCACAGGACCAGAUUUCCCUGUUGGUCCCUAAAGAGGAGCCCUUGAGCCCCGUGCCGUCCCCCCACCAUAUUCCCCCUCAAACCACUAUGAACGGCUCCUCCUCCUCACACAGGCGCACUCCCAAAUCCCCCUGCCGAUCCCCUCCAACUGUUGGCCUCCUCCUAGCUCAGGGCCUCCGCCAGGUUCACUCCGGCUCACAAGGACUCGACAGGCUCCCUCCGCCCACCGGAGCAGCCGGCGCCGGCGACCGCCCCUCCGCCCAAGCUCUGCUCCUCCCCCGGGCCCCCCCGCAGCCGCCGGAGCCGGAGCGCCGAGAUGCCGUUUCUUCGGAGGAUUCGCGCCGGCGGAACCCCACCCCGGUGGGCUACCACGCCCAGAACUACCCCCCGCCUGUCAUCUCGCCGGACGGCUACCACUCCGGGAAAAAGCAUGAGGAGAACCUGCUCAUGUCCUCCUAUCCCGCGGGAGCUCUUCCUUUCGGCCCGCUGGGGAAAAUGAUGGUCCCCGACGGCGGGGACCUGGCCAAGCUGCCGUUUUACCCGGACCCUUACCAGCUGCUGUACGGGCCCCAGCUGCUGGCCUACCCUUACAACCUCGCGGCUCUCCCCGUGGCUCUGAACAUGAUGGCCCCAGGGAGGGACAAGGUGGAGACUCUGCCUUUCCUCCCGGCCAUCUUCAACUACGCAGCCGGGCCGUACAUGGGCACGGCCCCCCACCACUUGAUGGCCAAUCCCAGCCUCUACGGCGGGGGCGGGGGAGGCGGCGGCAAGAAACGAGACAGCAGCAGCGGCAAGCCGUAGGACACGGAAGCACUCUUGAGGAAUAUAUUUUACCGGGGGGGGGGGGGAGGGGGGACGACGACCUGGCCCGUGGGAUGGGAGCUGGGAGGGGCGGGUGCUCACUGGGUCACCGAGUACACUCGCACAGUACCCCCUGCCUCUCAGCAGCGAGCAGAGCCAGGCAUUCUAUCAGGAGUGGGGAGCUGAAGGGAGGAGAAGGAGCAAAGAAAGCGGGAGAUCACGCCCUCCCCUCUCUUCCUUCUUUCUCCCCCCCACCCCCCCCCCCCUCUCUCUCCUGUCUCUAGCCGUAGUGUGUCGUAGUUCUAGAGCUUGAUUAAUCUUCCUCUCUGACUCAUUAUAUUAUCUAUAAGAAUAAGAACCGCUAACAGGGUGUGUGUGUGUGUGUGUGCGCGUGUGCGUGCCGUGAACAAUUAGUCCAGUCUGCUUCCCUUUAUAGUCGCCGCAUAGCGAGGAUUAAACGCUCUUCGGGGGCCCGGCUUGUGUGGUGGGGGGGGAGCCCUCGCUCAAAAUGCAGUUGAAGGUAGAGCAUCAAGCAAAUCGAGCCUUGCGUCAUGUUUUGUACGAGCGAGGGAGUCCGCAGGUGCACCCUGUCGUUUUGCUGUCCAUGAAAGCUGUAUGUGAGCAUGUACAUGCACACGUAUGUCGGUGAUUUGUGCAUGCAGAGGUGGGCUUAAGCAGGUAAUACUGCGUACGUGUGUGUGUGUGUGUGUGUGGGCGCGCCAGUGUGUGAUGGCCAGUUCAUUCCGUGUGAGACUUGCACAGCAUUCCUACUCUAGUUUAGGAAUAGCUGCUGUCGGCCAAUAUGUAGAAGUGCAUUUAGAAGCGAUUCCUCAUAUCCAAAUCAUUAAAGAAGUCAAAUGCUUUGGCUGGAUGCGAGUCCAGUUGGCGAUGACGGAUCGCCCGAGCUUCGACUAACCUGGAUGCGUUGUGGCCGAAUGGCACUGUAGGAUCUGUAUAGCAUUUACCAUUGUUUAUACCUUAUGUGCACAAAAUAGAAAGGUAGUGGACACUUGUAGCUGCUUGGGAUAUGUAGCUGGCCACUGGGUAAGAGAUAGAGGCUGGUAGACCAUUGCACUUCCGUUUUUCAUCUCAUUUCCUUUUACAUUGAAGAGGAAAAGAAUAAAAACUUGUUAGGCCUUCGUCCAUGCGUAAAAAAAAAAAAAAUGACCGCAAGGAAGGAAAUAGAAAAAUGGAUUCAGGAUAUUGAGUUAUUUCUGCAUAGGAAAAUACAAAUGUGGGCACAAAACUGUUGGACUCUCGGGGUCAAAAGGACCCACAGAAAUGACUUUGGGGGACGAAAAACAAAACAAAAUGUCCUUCUCCCCAGCUGAGGGGGGGGGGCAUUUGAAAUAGCCCAAAUUAUUCCCCCCCACCCCCCCCACCCCUGCUCCGUGUCAUUUACCAAGACGUAGGAAAAGGCCGAGCUUAGCAGCCAAAGCGGUGGCCCAAACUCCCCGGGUGCACUCCUGGGGCCUUUUUUUGUUACGUGUAAUGUUACCUGUGUUUUUGUUUUUGUUAAACUAUGUUGUUGUUUAUGUGGUUUAGCCCUCUUACCAGAUGGAAAUGGCUUCAGUGAAAAGGGGGAGUAAGCUUAAAAAUAUGAAUGUAAAUUUAGUCAUGAGGUUAAUGAAGUACAACUGCAUUAACGGUAGAGUUGUUUUCAGUUCCUAUUUUUUUUUUUUUUUUGACAAAUAACCUGUUAAAGAACCGUAUAACGUCUGGUAUGCAUAUAUACAGUAGUCCUAGGAACAUGUCAGUAAUCUUGGGUUCUGUAUCCACAAAGCAUGAGCAACACUUGCUUCCUAACCGUUUAUAUCCUCAGCAAAUCCGGCGACGUGCGUACAGCUUUUGUUACUUUUUUUUUUUUUUUUUGAUGUUUUCUGGUUCUCUUCACCUUCCAUAUCUCUGAUUUUUUUUUUUUUUUUUUUGUUAUUUACUAUAGAACACAGUUUGGAACAAGUUCCAAAAAGCUUCCACAUUUACACCAUACAGUCACUAUUUAGAAGCUUUUUAAUUCUCCCUCUUCCCUCUAGCGUACACUGCACCUUCUAUGAAUAAAGUACACAUAUUUCACUGUGCGCGUGCGUGUGUGUGCGCGAAUGUGUGUGUGUGUGUGUGUGUGAUGGUGACGGGGCGCCUUUUGGUCCCGGCAGGUGUGUAAAAAAAAAUAAAACGCAGGGGUGCACUAGCACCCCCUUGGGUGCGGUCUCGAGCCUUUGGUGUGUGCGGACGUACGUGUUUUGUGUACAAAUGUGAGUGACUGCGCGAAUAUGAAAACCAAAAUAAAUCUGUCUGACCUUGGCAGUAUAUGGGCCACCUUUUUAAUUAUUUUUUUUUUGUUCUUUGACACUUUUCUGUGGGUUAGUUUCAGUGUAAAAAAAGCCCUGCUGUCUCCAAUUCGCUAUCUUAAGCCAUUCCUUGUAGGUGGACAUGUUUUAUUUUGUUGGUUUUUGAAGCAUUUCUUAUGCCAUAGUUUGCCAUCAUGGUUGUCAUACAGACCAAAAGCAUGCAAAUCAACGUAUUGUAGUGACUGGACUGGAAUCUGGUGGUAAUAUACAACUAUUUACUGUAUGUUUUAGUUUAUAUGAAUGUGCCUCUGCUUCGAUAUUUAAGUACUGAUCUGUAGUAAGAUGUGGACCUGCCAGAUUUCACCCGUUGAGGUGCCUUGUUAUGGCAUAAGAAAUUCGAAUUGGUAAAUGGCCGAAUUCUUUGGAGAUGGAUAUCACGGCUUUGUUUGCUACGGAGCUGUUCAUAGAUCACGUAGGGACGUGGCUAAACUGGUUUGGUAUCGUGUACAUGUCUAGGGUAAUACUGUGCCAUAUAGAGCCCACAAAAAUAUGUUAAUGUUAUUUUUAAAAGAUGUUUUAAUGUUGCCUGAUGACUUUGUCUCUAGAUUUGAUACAAAGGCUUGUAGCCACAGAUCUGUAGUCUCCUUUUAUUCGAACAUUCUCCCUUUUUUUCUCUCUCUCUCUCUCUCUGUCCCCACUUGUUUCCAGCUCCCUUUCUUUCUCUUUGCUGCAAUCAAACAAAAUAAAGUAUUAACCUGAUGACCCAAUGAAA